AUGGCAGAAGCACACCUACCGCCCGUGACCAACCUACCUCCCAUCCGCUACCCUCCCGACGCGUCCACGGUGCCAUGGCUCGAGCAGGGCACGGAAGAGAUGGCGGAGGACCGCCUCGUCGACGCCGCCGGGUGUGCAGUCAUGAUGCGAUGGGAGACUCCGCUCAUGGAGGCCCACGCGGACUUCGUGUGCGCCGAGUCACGUGGGAAGGUCCUGAACGUCGGCCAUGGCAUGGGCAUCGUUGACGCCGCCAUCUCCCGACACAGCCCGCGGCUGCACGUCAUCUGGCGGUGGCAGUCCGCCGACGUGCAGGCGGAGCUCGAGUCGCUCGGUCCCUUCGACGGGGUGUUUUUCGACACGUACGAAGAGACGGUCGAGGACUUUCUCGCCCUGCUGCUGCGGCUGCUGCGACCGGGGGGGCGCUUCUCAUUUUGCAACAUGUACCAGCCGCACGACGCGGUGAGGCACGUGGCGUACAGUGCCUACCUGCAGGCGCGGCUCGCGCCGCUCGGCCUCAGCUGCUGCUUCGAGCGCCUCGAGCUUCGCGUCCCGCCCGAGACGUGGCGCGGGCUCCGACUCAACUACUGGCCGCACGCCAGCUACCUCCUCCCCCGCUGCCGCCGCUCCGACCCGGCGGCGACGCCGCCACGCCCGCUAAAGCGGCGCCGCUCUGCGGCGGCGGACGGCCCGCUGCCGCCGACCCUGGAGCCGCUCGACGGCUUGCUGUGGUCCGCAAAGCACUGGGCGUGCCGCAGUGCCACACGCGACUCGUGCGCCGGCCGAACGGGCGCCGCGCCGACGCUCGCCCUCGCUUGGGAGAGGUGUGAGGCGUUGUUUUGGGGCGAUGGCUGA